UUCUUACUUACAGAAUAUUAAAUCUAAAUGUACUUUAUAGGAUUAAGUAGUUGUUCGGGUAAGUAGUUAGUAGUUGAUGCUCGCUAUCAUAUACAUUUGUAUUCCUCUCAAUGAUGGCGGGUACAUUUUCUGGGAAUGAAGGAACUCCUUGGGCCGAUCCCGAAGAAAAAAACGUUUUAGAAAAUUUAAAAAGAUUACAUCCAAAUCGGAAUGACAGGACUAUAAUAGAAAAAGUAUACGGACAAUUACUGGAUAUAAAAUCGGGGACGAACAGUGUGCUGGACGAGAUUUAUGAUGGAUUUAUCUAUUGCUGGAUUAUAAUAGAAAGUGCGUUCAGAGCUUCGGACAAAUAUAAAUUCCGCGUGAAGAUAAUAUGGACGGGUCGGGAAACUAAACAGGAAGUUCAAAGGUUAUAUGAAAUUCCCGCUCAAUAUCAGAAUCUUAUUAUUAACGGACGAGCCGUCUCAGAUGAACAGACCCUCGAAGCGUUUGAUUUUCAACCGACGGGGCAAAUCGUUUAUGUCUUUCUCACCAAGAAGAAAAUAAAUUAUGCGGAAUCGAAUAUCAGAAUAAGUGAUGUUAUAUCCCCGAGAGAGAAUGUUGAUAUGGCGGAUGGAGCCGUUGGCGGCAAUCCUAGAGAAACAGUUCCAGCGAGAGUAUAUGACCCCAUGGAUGCAGAUACUGACGGUAGCAGUGAUAAUACUGCGGACACACCUUCUACCAGCUCUUCAGGAUCAAGCAAACGACGAGGAGGGAAAAAACGAAGCCAGAGAAAUAGAAGGCGCUGAAUAAAUUCUAUUCGCCAGUGAGACGCUGGUUGUUCUAAAUUGAAGGAAACAAAAAAAAUAAAUGUGUUUGCGAUCAGUAGCAGAAGCGUUAAUAAUAUAGACUUAUAAUUGAAACUUCGAUUGAGAUUCACAAUCUCCUUGUAUUCACUGAAGGGGAGAGGAAAGUCGAUGAAACAAAAUGGAAGAAAUGAUGAGUUUGUGAUUAGUAGGAAGCAGAAAAAAAUUAAAAUAAUAAUCGAAUUUGAUUGAAUAUUAUGGUUUUUAUUACAUUUCUCCACGAGCAACUUCCCCUCUAAGCUGGCCGAGAAUUCCCGCGCAGUACUUUCAUUCUGCCGCGCACUGCAUAAGUAAUAAAAUGUUGUCUUCUUUUCUUUUCCGCGCAGACCUUUUUUUUGGAGCUCACAUGGCCUUCUAUUCCGCGCAACUAAGCAAGCUCUUAGAGGGAACGUUGUCCACGAUUAGAGGAAAGCCGUUGAGGCAAAAUUGCUUUUCUGUCUGACCACUUCAACCACUUAUUGGGGAUGCAUAUAGCUGUGUGCUAUGGAUUCAAAAAAGAUACGAAAAUAUCGAUUAACGUCUGAAUUGAACUAAUAACUGAAAUUUUGACUGGUAUUUACGGUUUCCUCAUAUUUACCCAAGAGAGAGACGGAAUCCUAUAAGACGGCUUGAUCACAUGACGUGCCAAUGUCUUCCUCAGUUCAUGUAAAUUGUAUACGUAUAUAAUUAACCAAUGUACUUAUCCCAAUGAUUGAGUUGUGUGUUUCGUUGCAUAUUUACUUUUAAUUUAAUUUUUUCAUAGCCACGCAUAAGAACAAAAAAAUUUUGUAUGAGUAACUGUGAACUUUAUCGGGCGCUCCAGAAGUGUGUGUAACAAUAUGGAGGUAACUAAUUUUGUUCGCAUACUUUAAAUCAAAUUCUGUAAAGGGACUGAAGUCUAUGGGCACGGGAAUAUUCAGUUGGCUAACACAGACAGUCCCCGAACUCGUAAUAGAACUAGAGUAAGGUAAAUCGGAAUAAAAGUAUGCCCUAACCUUAAUCCGGUACGCACACCUCGGGAGUACCCUUUAUCGAGCUCUAAGAGGAUAAUAUGCUUUUAAUUUUUACUUAAUUGUUGUUGCUACUGUAAAAAUAAAAAACACAUUUCUGCACUACUGCACCAA